ACUGCUUAUAUAUGUACCAAAUAAUACCGACAUCUACUCUUGAUUAAUGCAACAUCACUAGUACAGUAGUAAUUUACUAUAUUCAAGACUUUCGUUAAUUCCUCAUCUUUCUAUGUACUACCAUUAAUCCCUUCUCACGCAUCUUCUUCCCCCAUGGUUAUCCUGACCCCUCCCACAUGCCUUCCCUUGAUCAACAACCCCAUUUCUCCUUUUCAAGGUGCUGCGGAAUACUCCGGCAAGAAUCAUCGGAGGACAGCAGCGAAAGCGAGGACAAUCAAGUCUCUGCCGCCGGCGAAUGUUACGCAUGCACUCAGGUGGGAGUCCCGGUUUUCCACUCCACCAGCUGCGACAAAGCCCACCAACCCGUGUGGGAGGCUUCCGCUGGUUCUUCCUUGCUCCCCAUAAAACACCGCUCGCCCGGCCAGAAAGCCAGCUCCGCCCAGUCCUCCACCAGCCCGGAGAAGCCCACCUUCGGGAGAGUGUUGGACCCCAGGAGCAAGCGGGUCCAGAGAUGGAACCGCGCGGUCUUGUUGGCUCGUGGCAUGGCGCUGGCUGUGGACCCUCUCUUCUUCUACUCACUGUCGAUUGGCCGGGGUGGCUCGCCUUGCUUGUACAUGGACGGAGGCUUGGCAGCGGUUGUGACGGUGGUUCGGACGUGCUUGGACGCGGUGCACCUCUACCACUUGUGGCUGCAGUUCCGGCUGGCGUACGUGUCGAGAGAAUCGCUGGUCACGGGGUGCGGGAAGCUCGUGUGGGAUCGACGUGCAAUCGCUGCUCAUUAUCUGCGGUCGAUCAAGGGAUUCUGGUUCGAUGUUUUUGUGAUUCUGCCUGUUCCUCAGGCCGUGUUUUGGUUUGCAGUGCCGAGGCUGAUCAAAGAGGAGCGAAUAAAGCUUGUAAUGACGAUUCUCCUGCUCAUCUUCUUGUUCCAAUUCCUACCUAAAGUCUAUCACAGCAUAUGCUUGAUGCGAAGAAUGCAAGAAGUCACAGGCUACAUCUUCGGCACGAUAUGGUGGGGUUUCGGCCUUAACCUCAUAGCCUACUUCAUUGCUUCGCACGUUGCCGGUGGAUGCUGGUACCUUCUUGCCAUUCAACGUGUGGCAUCGUGCCUUAAGCAGCAGUGCAGCAGAUACGGCUUCUGCAGUCUCUCUCUGUCCUGCUCAGAGGAGGUUUGUUCCCAGUUUCUGUUGCCAUCCAGCACUAUUGGAAAUCCGUGCGGUACUAACACAACGGCUGCGCUUAGAAAGCCGCUGUGUUUGGAUGUCAACGGGCCGUUUCCUUAUGGAAUAUACGAAUGGGCUCUUCCUGUUGUAUCGAGCAGCUCUGUUGCUGUCAAGAUUCUUUAUCCCAUUUUCUGGGGACUUAUGACCCUGAGUACUUUUGGCAACGACUUGGAACCGACGAGUCAGUGGCUGGAAGUGAUGUUUAGUAUAUGCGCUGUGCUUAGUGGUUUACUGUUGUUCACUCUGUUGAUCGGGAAUAUCCAGGUUUUUUUGCAUGCUGUCAUGGCGAAGAAGAGGAAAAUGCAGCUGAGGUGCCGAGACAUGGAAUGGUGGAUGAGGCGGAGACAGUUGCCGUCACAACUGAGGCAAAGAGUUCGGCGUUAUGAACGACAUAGAUGGGCAGCUAUGGGUGGUGAUGACGAGAUGGAGCUAAUUAAAGACUUGCCAGAAGGACUUAGGCGGGACAUUAAGCGCUUUCUUUGCCUUGAUCUGAUAAAAAAGGUGGCGUUGUUUCACAACCUGGAUGAUCUCAUCCUGGAUAAUAUAUGUGACCGUGUCAAGCCCCUUGUGUUCUCCAAAGAUGAAAAGAUCAUACGAGAGGGAGACCCUGUGCAACGUAUUGUGUUCAUCGUGCGUGGUCGUGUAAGAAGUAGCCAAAACCUCAGCAGAGGAAUGGUGGCAACAAGCCUACUUAAGCCUGGUGGAUUCUUCGGGGAUGAGCUUCUCUCUUGGUGUCUUCGACGCCCGUUUUUAGACAGACUUCCAGCUUCUUCUGCUACAUUUACCUGCCUUGAGCCCACGGAUGCAUAUGCUCUUGAUGCCAACCAUCUCCGCUACAUAACAGAUCACUUCCGCUACAAGUUUGCAAACGAGAGGCUUAGACGUACUGCCAGAUACUAUUCGUCCAACUGGAGGACUUGGGCUGCUGUUAAUAUCCAAUUGGCUUGGCGGCGUUAUCUGCAGAGGAUGAGACCGGCGGAGAUCAGCUAUGGCUCGCCCAACGUUGAUAGCGACCGGCGCCUCAGACAAUAUGCUGCGCUGUUUAUGUCGAUCCGUCCUCAUGAUAAUCUUGAAUAAGACGAAAUCUGUAGCUCAUGAUAGCUAGGCCUGUUCUUCUGAUGUCACAUGUGGAAGGAAGACAUUUGCUGAGACAGAUAGAGGACAAUUUCUUUCAUUUAUGUAAGAAUUUUCAUGUAUAAUACAAUCAGUGUGAUAUCAUUGAGGAUGAUAGUUGCUGAAAUAAA